UCUUCUGCUCUCCCUCUCUCAAGCUGCCAAAUCCCUUCUCUUCCUCUCUGGCUGCUGCCCCGCCGCCGCCUCCUCAACGCCCAUCUUGACCUCCUUUCAAUCCAGGUAUUUGGCCUUGCUAUUUAAAAGUCAAGCAAUUGUAGCAAGGCUGCUUUGUGAUUGCAUUCCUUCCCUUAUCUAGGUGAUUUUCAAAGGUUAAGAGGCAAAGAAGAAUAUUCUGAAUGGAAAUGUCAAAGAGUUGUCUGCUUAUUUCGUAUUCACCUGAGAUCAUUAAUGGGGAACCUAUACUCGUCUCAUCAAAUUGCCUUCCUGUGAAGGCCGUAUAUUUUGAGCCUGCGGGGCAUGCUUUUCAUGAUGCUGCACUUAAACUUCUUGGUUUUUAUGAGGAAGAAGAUGCAGAUGCAGAUACAGAUGACCAAAGUGUUAAGUCUGAUGAUAGAGGCCAAGCAUAUAGAGCAUCUACAGAUUCCUACAGCAGCAAGGGCAAAAAGAAAUCCGGUCCUGGAAGCAAGCAGCAAGACCAUUAUGCACUCUUAGGCUUGGCGCACUUGCGAUUCCUGGCUACUGAAGAACAAAUAAGAAAAAGUUACCGAGAGACUGCUUUGAAGCACCACCCUGAUAAGCAGGCUGCUCUUCUUCUUGCCGAGGAAUCAGAAGAGGCUAAGGAAGCAAAAAAGGCUGAGAUAGAAAGCCAUUUUAAAGCUAUUCAAGAAGCUUAUGAAGUCUUGAUUGAUCCUGUGAAAAGGAGGAUUUAUGAUUCUACUGAUGAGUUUGAUGAUGAAGUACCAACUGAUUGUGCGCCACAGGACUUCUUCAAGGUCUUUGGUCCAGCAUUCAUGAGGAAUGGGAGAUGGUCUGUUGCUCAGCCUGUUCCCUCUCUUGGGGAAGAGAACAUUUCAAUGCAAGAAGUUGAUAGCUUCUAUGAUUUCUGGUACACUUUUAAGAGCUGGAGGGAGUUCCCCCAUGCAGAUGAGUUUGAUUUAGAGCAAGCUGAGUCUCGUGACCACAAGAGAUGGAUGGAAAGGCAAAAUGCUAAGCUAAGGGAAAAGGCCAAAAAGGAAGAGUAUGCUAGAGUUCGAUCUCUUGUCGACAAUGCUUAUAGAAAGGAUCCAAGAAUUAUUCGGAGGAAGGAGGAGGAGAAGGCGGAGAAGCAGCGGAAAAAGGAGGCGAAAUACCUGGCUCGAAAAUUGCAGGAGGAAGAGGCCGCAAAGGCCGCUGAAGAGGAGAGAAUCCGGAAAGAGGAGGACGAGAAAAGAGCAGCAGAAGCUGCUCUAAACCAAAAGAAGUUGAAAGAAAAAGAAAAAAGGCUUAUGCGGAAAGAGAGGACACGAUUGCGCAGUCUUUCUGCGCCUGUCUUGUCACAACCUCCGCAUAAUCUCAUAGAUGAUGAUGUGGAGAGGCUGUGUGCGACACUUGACAUGGAGCAACUCAGGCAUUUGUGUGAUAACAUGGAGAGGAAGGAGGGAAUCAUUGAAAAAGCUCAACUACUAGCAGAUGCAUUGAAUGGGGAGAAAACAAAAGCAGAGAAGGAUUCACAAUUGAACAGUUCUGAGAAUUCAGGCCCAAAAGCUAACGGUGCGACAGGACAAGUGAAGAAGACAGACAACCCCUUAAGCAACUAUGAGAAGAAAGAGAAACCCUGGGCAAAGGAUGAGAUCGAGAUGCUGAGAAAGGGCAUGCAGAAGUAUCCAAAGGGGACAUCAAGGAGGUGGGAGGUUAUCUCAGAAUAUAUCGGUACUGGACGGUCAGUUGAAGAGAUUCUUAAAGCCACAAAAACUGUGCUUCUUCAGAAGCCUGACUCAUCAAAAGCCUUUGAUUCUUUUCUUGAGAAGCGGAAACCUGCACAAUCCAUUGCGUCACCACUUACGUCCAGAAUCGAGUCAGAAGGUUUGCCUGCUGUACAAGUGGAAAACACUGCAUCCAAUUCUAUGCCUAGUCAGACUUCCAGCAGUAAUGGAACUGGCAAGAAUCCAGAAAGCGAACCUAUUUCAGUUCCUACUGGAGUUUCAUCUGAACAAGACGCAUGGUCUGCGACUCAAGAACGUGCUCUUGUUCAGGCUCUUAAGACAUUUCCGAAGGAGACAAGCCAACGCUGGGAACGCGUUGCUGCUGCAAUUCCUGGGAAAACUGUGAACCAGUGCAAGAAGAAAUUUGCUUUGAUGAAGGAGAAUUUCAGAAGCAAGAAAAAUGCUGAGUAAAAUGAGCAUGUUUUUGUUCAUCUGGAUUGUUUUCAUUAUCUUUACAAAAGGCUGCUGGGAAAGGAUGAAAAUUUUGCUGACUCUUUGAAAUUAAGUUGGCAUCAAGUUGAUUCAAGUGAGAGAGACAAAGAGGGAGGUUGCAGUUCAUUUUUACACCUUUUUUAUGACUUAUGUUAUUGUCGGAAUUUUGGA